ACGUCUGAUAUGUAUAUGCUCGUAAGCGGUUGACGCCACCAAAUAUGUAUAUGACGUUACAACUGCGGCAUGUACCCGAUUUGCCCCUGUCCAUGCUGCACAUGAUGGCUGCAUGCCUGUGGAUAUCGUCGUACGCACAUGCUUCCAAUAUUUUCUCCUUUCGAAGUCCUCCAGAUGUCGCCAUCAGAAAAACUGCUCACAAUGGGUCUCUGAGAGCUACCCACCUUUUGCGAUAUCUUCACUUCACUUAUGUAAAUAAAUCAUUCCCGAGGGGCACAUGCCAAGGUUCAAUUCCCGUCCCAAAGAAAAAGCUUGUUUUGUUGUUGCGUCCCGUGCCGUACGCGUAUUCGACCGUUCUGGGUUAAGUGCCUACCUGCCUAUCUCAACGACAUAUAUUCAGGUACCCUGAGCUACUAGCCUCCUGCCGUGGAAGUGUACGGCAGUAUCUCCAAAGUCAGCCUCCUAUCAACUAUUCCAAAACAUGCUAUGUACCUAUGGUGGGUGACAG